UAACAGCAUUUCUACCGAUCAUAUUUUAUUCGAGUGAAUGUAAUUGUAGUUUUAACAAAAGUAGACAUUUUUAUGAAUAAUAACAAUAAUAAAUCUUCAAUUUCGUUUAAUGGUGUUUUAACCAUUCAAAUAUAUAUAUAUUUCAAAUAUAAACUUAAAUGUUGUUACUAACAUGGACUUAUUUGAAUAAAUUAUUUAGAUUAUUAACAAGUAAAUAAGAAUAAUUCUUUCUUAUUCUGGACCUUUAGAAGUGAAAAUCAUUAAUGACAAAUUUAUACUCUGAUGAGGAACUCGGAUUUGAACUAUGGGCAAAGAAAAAUCAAAAAGUUAUGCUUAUUGCUGCACUAUUGACAGUACUUAUUAUGUGUGUCGGGAUUAUUGGCAACAGCUUAACAAUUUUAGCUUUAAUUAGAAGUCCUCGAAUUCGAAACGUCGCAUCAACGUUUAUUAUAUGCUUAGGGGCUGCAGACUUGUUAUUUUGUAUUGCAGUUUUACCGUUUAGUGCAUCGAGAUUUUUGAACUUCAAUUGGACACAAUAUGCACCAUUAUGUUCUAUGGUGCCUUUUUUCCAAUACGGAAACGUCGGCGUGUCAUUGCUAUUUAUUUCAAUGAUAACAAUUAACAGGUAUAUUAUGAUAGUGCAUACAAAUCUGUACAGUAAAAUCUAUCGACCGAUUUGGAUUGGUUUCAUGAUCACGUUUUGCUUAAUAUUAGCAUUUGGUAUGCAAGUGCCUACCUUGUUAGGAUUAUGGGGAAAAUUCCAACUGGACCCAAAGCUAGGAACAUGUUCUAUAACCAUUGACAAAUGGGGUCGUUCUUCAAAAACUGCAUUGUUUAUUACAGGAUUUGUUAUACCUUGUAUCGUUAUUGUAUGCUGUUACACCGGUAUCUUUUGGAUAAUACAUAAAUCGGAAAAUCGUAUGCAGAAACAUCAAAUAUCUACAAGAAAUGAUGCAACGAUAAAAUCUAAGCAGUCAAUGAAGAGAAAGCGUAAUGAAUGGAGAAUCACCAAAAUGGUGCUAGCCAUUUUUCUAUCUUUUGUUAUAUCAUACCUACCAAUUACAAUAAUAAAAACAACAGAUCCGUUGGUUAAUUACCCAGGAUUUCAUUUAGUAGCAUAUAUUACUUUAUAUGCAUCAGCAUGUCUCAACCCAAUAAUUUAUGUUAUAAUGAAUAAACAAUAUAGAAAAGCUUAUAAAUCGAUUUUGACAUUCAAAUGUGUAACAUCAAACAAAACAAUUCCUGUUUUCAGAACUCUUUCAAAACGACUACAUCCUCAUGAUCGUUGUCCAGACGAAGGAUGUAAAACUGUUGUUUCUCAAGUGUCUAUUGCUUUGGAACAACUUAAUAACAACACACGUAUUUUGGAUAAUGAAUCACACUAGUUUAAAAUGUUCUAGUUUACAAUCUAGUCAGUGUCGCAUGUAGAAAAUCAAUGACUAAUGGCAAAAUAAAAUGCCCUUUCUAUAUAGUGCCUUUUUAGAAAUUAUAAUUCAUUAUCUUUAUAACUUACCUAUAGUUAAUAGAUAUUCACGAGUUUUAUUAAAUUUUUUAUUAUCUAAGUAAAAUGUUUUGUUCUGUAAUAGUGGAACAAAUCUAAUGAAUAAAAAAUAAAUAACACCUAGU